CAUGCUAAAGGAUCAAGUCUUUAGAAUGUUUACUGUCGUCACCUGUCUAUGAAUGGCUUAAACAUGAUGGGGCACUAUACAUUUUUGUUGUGGAUAUUAUCCAAGAUGUUCAACGCACAUAUCCUCUCUUACAACCACUGCAGGUUCAACAGUUAACCCGAUUUGUGUGUAUUUACAACAUUUACACCAACAGAAACUACACUGACCUGAACCAUGGCAGCCCAAAUUUCAGAAUCGGAUCAGAUUAAACAGUUCAAAGAGUUCCUGGGAACCUACAACAAGCUGACAGAGAACUGCUUCAUGGACUGUGUCAAGGACUUCACCACACGAGAAGUUAAACCAGAGGAGACCACCUGCUCAGAGAGCUGCCUCCAGAAGUACCUGAAGAUGACUCAGCGGAUCUCCAUGCGUUUCCAGGAGUACCACAUUCAACAGAACGAAGCCUUGGCUGCGAAGGCUGGCCUACUGGCACAGCCUCGCUAGAAACCUGUUGACCCUCCUCAUUACAGCUGCUCACAUGGACAGAUAGCAUCAGAGGAGUCACAGGCAACACACCCAGGCUGGCCACAGCACUGCCUCGGCCCCCCUCGACACGGGGGAGUCUUGUCUCUGUGUAUGGUUGGACAAGUGGACACCCAACAGCAGCCUUGAACUGUCCUCUGGCCGAUAGUUACCUCACCUCUUUGGGCCUGGGAUGAUGACUGCUUGCACACUUCUGUUACAGAGGGCUGCCAUGGGCCCAUAAGGUAAAGAACAGCCUGUAUCUGAUCAUGACACAACAUACUGAGUUGUUUUUUGUUUUGACCCUGGCGGAACAUGUAAGGAAGUAAGAAUUAGCUUUUUUUGUCUGUUAUAUAAAUGUAGAAAAAUGUUAACCUGGAGUAUAAAUGUAAAAAAAAAAACUUAAGUUGUACCAUUAAAUGUCUGGUUAAAUUUCCCACCGCUCCCUGUUGGCCUAUGAGCUGCAUAAUUUUACUGAUGUCUGUGCUGGCACUCCAUUAAAAUCAUUGGCAGGGUAAUGCUUUGGGGUAUCCACGGUGAUGUCCUUCUGUGUUUGACCUUUAACAAUUACUGGAAAGUUUGCCCUCUGCUGGUACCAUGGAAACACUACAACAAUCUGUCCCCAAGGACAUGAAUCCUGUGUGGUCUGUGACACUUUCCUACAGAGAAGCUAUUUCCACAUGUCAGUGAAGCUCCCCUGGUUUUAGACUAGGCUUAAACUGUGUCCAGUGCAGCACAAGCUUUGCUCAAAGUAACCAAAAGCACACAGGAUCAAUAUUUAAAAACUUUAUUAGAAACGAAGAGAGCUCUGUUUAUUUUACAUAAAGAUACAAUGGCUAACUCAGAUUUGUCAUCCUUUCCUUCAUCCAGACCCCCUGGAUAUACUGAGCACUUUAGGAAGAGGGUUUUCACCAAGGAACCAAGUCUAUAAAACAUUUCUGUUUCAUUUCUCUCUGCACCACAUCAGGCUGAAACUCACAGGUUCAGUAUACAGUAUAUACAGUACAGAUGUAUACUAAUGCUUCUACCAACGUGACAUAGAAAAAGAAAAUGUUCUUAAUAUACCGGUACAAAGAUGGUUUUAAAAAAUAAUAUAAAUCAUUCUUUACAGUUUGUAAAAUGUAUUUUUCAAAUACAUGGUUUUGGAAGAUUUAUGUACAAAAGAAACAAUCAUAUGAAACCCCUGGGUUUGAAAUACAUGUUCCUUUAGCAAAGGUUUUAUUUGAUUGGUCAGAACUCAAUGUCAAAAAUAAGAAUAGAUGUUUAAUUUAUAACAGAGUACCAAGAAAUAUGAAUACAAGCAAAAUACAUGGUGAGAAAGAAGGCCACCACAAUAUGGUGUCACCCUGAAAUAGUAUGAUCAAAUGAUAAAGGGGACAGACUUGGGCCCUAUUGAAAUGAAGGGGGGAGGGGGCAUACGUACUGCACAGUAGCUACCCAAUUGAAACAACAUAUUCUUGCUGAGAUUUAGGAUGAGCACACGACAUUCAUUCAACGUCAUACUAUCCCCACCGUCCCAACUGUGGAAGGAUUCUCUAUUGUAAAACAUACAAAAA